AUGUCGUUUCCAAAUAUCGAGGAAUGUCUGCCAAAGAACUGGAGCUUGUUCUUUGGCGGUAAGUGGCAAGAGCCCCAAGACGGAGAGUAUCUGGAGAUAUACAGCCCCGGAGAUGGAAAAGUCAUCAAGAAAGUCGCGUUUGCCGGGGCCAAGGACGCCGCUGCUGCCGUCGAAGCUGCUCAGGCGGCCUUUCCGGCAUGGCGGGCACAUGCAGAUGAACUGGCCCUACUUGAUGCCUACAACACUGGCAAUCCGGUUUCGAUGAUGAAGGCCGAUGCUUUCUCUGCUGCCGAUGUUGUCGAUAUGUUUGCUGGUCUCAUCCCGGCUGUGCAGGGAGAGACGACACAUCUUGACGACUCAACAUUCAAUUACACCUUGCGUGAACCAUUGGGCGUGGUUGCGAGAAUCGUUGCGUCGAAUCAUCCACUGAUGUUCACUGCUAACCGGCUUGCGGCACCCAUUGCUAUGGGCAACACGGUCGUAAUCAAGCUGCCGGAGCAGGCGCCGCUUUCGGGGUUGCGGUUUUCUGAACUUGUGGAUGGGAUCUUUCCAUCUGGCGUCCUCAACAUCUUGUCUGGCGGAUUGGAUUGUGGGAAGGUCCUUUCUACGCAUCCGCUUGUCAAAAAAGUGACUCUCAUAGGGAGUGUACCGACAGGAAAAGCAAUCCAGAAGGCAGCUGCCGACACCUUAAAACUCACUUCAUAUGAACUCGGUGGGAAGAACGCCCUGAUUGCAUACCCGGAUGCAGAUCUUGAGCGCCUCACCAACAGUAUAGUUGCAGGCAUGAAUUUUGGGUGGUGUGGACAAUCUUGCGGAUCGACGUCUCGGGUCUUCCUGCACGAAGCUCUCCACGAUGAGGUCCUCGACCGGGUCCGCGACAAGGUCGCCAAUUCCUUCAAGCCAGGUAAUCCCAUUGACCCGAAGACGACGAUGGGCGCACUCGUGAGCAAGGCAGCACAAGACCGCGUGCUGAGGUACGUCGAAGUUGCCAAGCAGGACCGUGCACGACUUGUGCUCGGCGUCAGAGUCCCGGAAGCUGCGGACACGAAGGGCGGCUAUUUCGUGGAACCGACUAUCUUUGCCGACGUCAAUCAAAAGAUGCGUAUUGCCAACGAAGAGGUGUUCGGUCCGAUUCUGUCAAUCCUCAAAUGGACUGACGAGGAGCAACUCUUCAAGGACGUCAAUGCUGUCGAGUAUGGUUUGACAGGAGCGGUGUUCACUUCAGACAUCAAGACAAUGCAGACUGCGGUGCGCCGGAUCCAGGCAGGCACUGUCUGGGUGAACACGGUCGGCACGCACUUUUUCAGUAUGCCUUUUGGAGGCUACAAGCAAUCGGGGAUUGGAAGGGAUGAUUGCUUCGAGGAGCUGCGGGACAUGACACAGUGCAAAGCUGUGCAUGUCAAGUUAUAG